AAAAAUGUUGGUUGGAACGGCAAAAAAACUAGAGCUGGCCCUGCCCAGCCCCAAGGGAUGAGCCGGAGCUCUCUGCCUGGGAGUGGAUUUUAUAGGAAAAGAGGAGAUUCCAGAGACCCCCAAAUAAAGGGGUCUGGGCUGAUGGGCACCUGGCCCCAGGGGCUGCCCCGAGCCCUGGCUGGCAACAGGGGACAGGUUUCUCUGCGGCUCUGUCUCUGUUUCGUUCGCGCUGGAGGUUUCUCUCUGUUCAGGCAGGCGAGAAGGGUUCUGGCCGGAUUCCCCCCUGUGCCACGCUUCUGCCCUUGGGGAGCGCAGGGAGGGCAGCUCAUUAGCUGCAGUCGAUAGCGGGCCCUGGCUGUUGCUACGGGAGGGGGCGGGACGGGAGGCUGCUGCUGCUACUGCUUUCUGCAUGCAGGCUGCACUUCCUAGGUCAGACACUAUUGCUCCAUCCGGAGUAGCUGCUCCUCCCGUCCCCUCCCCAGCGGGGUCUGUGCGGGGAGAGCCCUUUCCUACAGCCCCUCUGUGUCCAGCCGGAGGGGUGACCCAUCUUUGCUCCCGGGCGGGGAUCUGCGAAGCUCAGCGCUGCUGCCCCCCUGAGCGCCUGCAGGAGUCGAGCCAGCUCCGGGAGAGCGAACGCCCCGGACCCGGGCCAGGGACCGAGUCUCCCAGCCCGAGAGGAGAGGGGGCAGGAGGGAGAGACUGGACGGGGCAGUAGGAGCAAUAAGGGGGUGUAUACAGAUCUCUGAUCAGAUCCUUAGGGGGGGGGGGUUGAACCUGUUUGGCCCACAUCCCAGCUGAGUGCUAACUACUGGGCUCUGAGUCAUACAGUGGGCACUUUCUCCUCUGGGUUUGGAACGGCCCCUGGCUGAGGCAUGCUCUGAGCACACCUAGCAGAUCAGGCUUUGCAGGGAAGUAAGGCAUUCACCUGCCUGGCUUAGCCUGGUUCAGGGAUCGUGCUGGGGUUCAGAAAGGAGAUAGUGUCUGGAUGCCUAGAGGGAGGCAGCGGUGUGCAUGACCAGAAAAGGAACUUAGGCAGCUAGGGAACUUUUACAGCAGUAAUUUAGACCUGCAGUGAGAGUGGGGUUGUAUAAAGGUGGCACCUGAAACUGACAUAGGCACCUAAAUCUGAGCCAGUUAGCUUAUCUGAAUGAUUACACAGGCCCAGGAGGAGGCUGUGAACUUGUGAGUUUAGGAGAGAGUGCCUGGCUGGAUUAGCACCUGGGCUCACAGAAGAUGGAUGGACAGGAAGGGUUAAAGAUUUGUACUUUUGAGUUAAUGAAAUAAGCCCACAAAGGAGGAAUGUUGGUCUGAGCAUUCUGGUCUGGGAGUAAUCAUUGCAAGACGGCAAGAGAGCAAGAAAGAGCUGCAGGUCUGCAGGACCGAGCAUGCCACCAGGGGGUGGCUCCUGGGUGGCACACCAUCACUCCAGUCAAGCAUGAGAAAGCCAGGAAAGGCCACAGCUGCUGGGGGUGCUGCGCUGCGGGAGCCAUGUGGGCCACCUCCUGGUCCUGUUGCUGCUGCUGCUCCUCGGACCUCUGGCCCUGGGGCUCCCGCUGCUGCCUGGUGGGUCCCCAGCUGCUCUGCUGGGCCUGGGCUGCGUCCUGCUGCUCCAAGGUGCCCUCCCGGAUUACUCAUUGACAACUCCAAUCUGAGCUCUCAGAUGGAACAAAAGAAAGAGCUGUGGGUCCCAGAUCUCCAGGGCUGUGAGGAAUGGGAGAUUUCAGCAGGUUAUAGGACAGUGAGGGAGAACAAGGAGGAGACCCCUCAGCAGGAAGGUCCCGAGCAAGUGGAACCACCUGGGAUGUUAUUGGGAAGAGCUGAAAGGGAUGUUUCCCAGAGUCAUGAGCAGGGAGAAGCCUGUGAGAGUCAGCGCAGGCUGGAGAAACAUCAGAAAAACCAGCCAGGGAAGGGAGAGAGAAAACCCACUUGCUGUGGGGAAGGACUCAAGAAACCAAAAGACAUCUCAGCCUGUCAGAGAGAAGGGAAAGGAGGUGAAAAUAGAGGUACACACACUGUGUCUGGGAAGAGCUGUAGACAGAGCUCAGAACUUAGUGUUCAGCAGACAAUCCACUCUGGAGAGAGGCCCAAUAAAUGCCCCGACUGUGAGAAAAGCUUUAGCCAGAAAUCAGCCCUUGUUAGACACCAACGGCUGCACACGGGAGAGAAGCCCUACAAAUGCAGUGACUGUGGGAAGAGCUUCAGCGUGAGCUCACACCUGAUCACCCACCAGAGACUGCACACGGGAGAGAGACCCUACAAAUGCCUGGACUGUGGGAAAAGCUUCAGUGAGAGCUCAAACUUUAUUCACCAUCAGAGAAUCCACACAGGAGAGAGACCCUAUAAAUGCCCCGAACUGCGGGAAACGCUUCAGUAA